CAACGGGCUCCGACGAGCCUAUCACCCUAUAUGUAUAGUACACGGACAGAUCCGCACGUGACUCAGUGAUUGUGUCUUAAUAGUACUACGUUGGACCGGCGCGGCUGGCGAUGUGCUGCCUCUGGCAGACGGAAGCUCGUGUGGCCUCAGGCCUCGACCCAACCUCAACCUAAUGAUAAUGCUACCUACAAGCGGCAACAACGCCCGAAGGCACUACCCCUGACUAAGCUACGUAGGUGGCAACCGCCCGCACCGGUACCGUGUAUGGAUCAAUGAUCACAGGCUCAUCAUAACUUUCUCAGAAACGGUGUCAGUUAAUUAUGGGCGUCGUGGAACGCUUUCAUAUGGCUUACCGGCCGGCCGAGGGCAACGCUGUUCAAGACCGCAAAUAGUGUUGCCAUCAGCAUUUUCACCUCGACGUUUCGUAUGACGACAAUGCCAGGAUGUCUCCCAGGAAUUCGCCUCAACCUGGACCAUUGAAAAUAAAUAUUGUAUUCGCUCUCAGUCUCGUUCUCCCUCUUGUCAUAUCUUUCUUGAAUCCUGCCUGGCGGUUCGCUCAGUUCACACCUCAACAACUCAUCUAUGGGAAGGAUAUUCUACCAUUCAUUACAGCGUUUUGGGCCUCUCCAACAUGUAUACCCAGUCACCUUUCGCGCUUUUUUCAAGCCGCCAUAGUAGCAUGCUUCCCGCAGGCAUUACCGGUUCAUCUUUUCGCCUUUUGGGUCGUUAUUGCUCUCGCAAGAACACUUUUCGGCUUUCUACUUUGUCGGAGCGUAGGAUGGACAUACCCCCAAUUAUUCAGCCACUGGGCGUUAUAUGAGACAUCAAGCGGCAUAGGUCCUGCACUCACUGCAUACCUCAUAACGCAUGGUGCUUGGCCAUGGACAAAUUCGCAGCUUCAGAAGUAUUGCAGUGAUACUAUGAAAUUACUGACAAUAAUAUGUUCAUGUUUGACCCUAUGCUGGUUCGACAAUGCGCCAUGGACUUAUUCCAUGGCCUCUAUAGCCUCUGUAGUUCUAUGGCCUUUUCAGGCCACGAAUACAUCAUCCCCACAAUACCAUCCCCACCACCUUAUGGCGCGGGACAUACGACGGUUGCGCACAGUCAUACAGACUGCAGUGCUUUUCUUGCUCCUCAUACUACUCGUGCAUUUCAUCCUUGCUACCAUAGUCUCGAGCACGAUAUUAUUACACAUGCCCACUUCUCCUCAAGGAACACACCCCUUUUUGGAGAUCCUUAUCCUUUCCUAUCCCCGUUCGAAUGACGCAGCUUCCACCGACUCAUUGCUAUCGCAAACCAUCUCCUCAUAUCUUCCUUAUAUCGACUCCAACACAGUGCUCUCUGUGUUCACACAUUCCACUGCACAUGCGUCGUUCACUCAGGCGAAGGAGCAUUAUGCUCAGAUGCCUAUUACAUUCUAUACAGACACGGACAUACAUAUUGACUCAUAUUCAGGUCAGCAUCUACAUGUUGCAGAAGCGUUCCGGUGGGCUUCUGAGAAAGGCCCAUCUCAGGCAGAGUGGGUUAUGCUCGUGGAAGAUGAUUUUCCGAUAUGCGACGAGUGGGGAUGGCGAGGCGUCCUCAGCGUGAUGAACGAACUCCAACGUGGUGGAAAAUAUGGAGGAUUUGUUGGAACCGGUGGCAGUGGCCUGAUAAUCCACCGCAGCCUGUUGCCGAUUCUCACGUACAUAAUGCGCAUACAUGCUCUCCAGCACUCCCCCAUACCCCCCUCUGUGCGGUACCGGCCUGCAGAUAUCAUCAUACAAGAUUGCCUUGGGGGAAAGGACUUGUUAUGUCCGCGUAACUCGACACUGGUCAUCACUUCUCGUCUCGUCAUGGAUCAUAUAGGCGGGAGUGCCAGCACCAUGAGAGGCCGCGUGUAUCCUGCAGACAGGUGGAAGUGUGGUUGGAGGCAUCCGUUUCAUGGCUUGACACAAGUCGAUGUUGUACCGGUUUAAUUAAUAUAAGAUUGGUUUAAAAUAUUCAUCUUUCCCAUGUC